AUGGUUAGGUGCGUAUACAAGGUUAUUUCCAAGGUAUUGGUUAGGAGGAUGAGACAAGUAAUGCCAGAGCUAGUAGGGGAGACUCAGAGUGCAUUUGUGAAAGGUAGGAAAAUACAUGAUGGGGUACUUAUCGCAUGUGAAACUGUAAACUGGCUUAAGCGGAGGAAGGAGGAGGCAGCGAUAAUCAAAUGGAGAUCGUGGGUUAUGGAGUGUGUGACAACAGUUUUUAUGUCAGUCUUGAUAAAUGAUGUGCUACAUUGGAUGAUCGGAGAGGCAAUCAGGAAUGGCCGUAUAUUACCAUUGUUGGUUGGGAUAGAUAGUAUAGAGUUAUCGCAUCUCCAGUUUGCAGAUGGUACAAUUCUGUUUUGUCCACCAGAAGAUGAGACUAUCAAGAACUACAAGCGACUCUUGAGGUGCUUUGAGUUGAUGUCAGGGCUCAGCAUUAAUUUUGACAAGUCGAGCUUGAUUCCAAUGCCGAAAGUUGUUGCAGAAAAAUUGAUAUCUUUGCAGAGUGGGUUCCUUUGGAGGAAGGAAGAUGGAAGUAAUGGGAUGGCAUUAGUUAAAUGGGAAGUGGUGCAGGCCCCUAAGAAAGUGGUGUGCUCUUGUAACAAUCUAAAUCCUAAUGAGCUACUGUCAACUCAAGUGCUACCUACUAAAGGAGGCCCCUGGAAGGAUAUAUGCCAGUUACAAAUAACAAAUCAACAUAUAAGGGAUAAGAUGGUUACAGGCUUGUCCAUGGAGGUUGGUGAUGGGCAACGUACUCGCUUUUGGGAGGAUGUAUGGUUACUCUAUGGAUCGUUGAAGGAUCGGUUCCCCAGGUUUUUCUCUAUUUCAAACCAAUGUAGAUCUGUUAUAGGGGAUUGUGGGUUUUAG